CAUCCUAUCAAAGGCUGGAGUCGUCCCUGCUCCCUGGCCUUGACCGCCAAUCUCUACGCAUCUCUUCGUAUUACAGUUAUAGAAGCUUCCAUCGAUCAAAUCCCACACCAAUACUCCUACUAACUAGUCCAUCAUCUCUCUCUUGCAUCAUCCAUGACGAUAGCACCAUUCAUUUCCUUCCACGUCCACCUCAUCCAAAUCGAAUCUACCCGAAUGUGAGCCUCUCUCUGUCUGUCUGUCUAUAUAUAUAUUGCCGUCUCCACAAGUCUCCGCAUAGCGCUGCAAGUGCAAAAGUGCAAGCUCCAAGAGAACACCAAUUAACUACACUACUACUGAUUAAAAGCCCGCAAUUCAGCAACCAACAAAAGCAAGAAAGCAUGAACGCCGAGGUUAUUUCCAGCGGUCACCUGCAACUUUUCCCAACAAGUUCAAAUACAAGACAUUGUGGCUCCCAGCUUCCAUUUAGCGGCAGGGCCAGUACCGGUAGCAUAGCAUUAAAGCCAAGAAGAAGACCUGGGCCGCUCAGAAUAACUGCCAGGGCCGCCGUUUAUGCACCGACCCAGACCCAGGCCGAAACUUUCUAUGAUAUGCUGGGAAUUUCGGAAACAGGGUCGAUUUCCGAUAUCAAGAAAGCCUACAAACAGUUAGCAAGAAAAUACCACCCUGACGUGUCACCGGCGGACCGCACGGAAGAGUACACCAAGAGGUUUAUCGAGGUUCAGGAAGCUUACGAGACGCUUUCUGAUCCACAGACUAGAGCUUUGUACGAUAUGAAUUUAGGUCGAGGAUUGCAUUUCGCUUUUUCAACCGGAAGACGCAACGAGAGAAUGGAUGAUGUGGAGGAAUGGAAACUUAGGUGGCAAUCUCAACUGGAUGAGCUGAGGCUGUGGAGCAUGCACAGGGAUAAUGUCUCCUCCGCCGUUAGUGGGAAGGCAGCGGCGUCGCCCUCGUCGUCCUGGGGUAGUCGAAUGCGCCGAAAGAGAACUGACAUUUAUGAUCUUGGAUUUCGGUAGCAUAUAUUUUGCCUAUUGCUAGCUAUAAGCUAGGUCCGUUCAUCGUGGGGAUCCUUGCUCCCUCUCUGACAUAAUCAUGACAGAUUUCGGCGCCGCCGCCGGCAGCACUGGGAGCUGUUUCCAGAUGUAUAUAAUUAAUUUUUUCUCUCUUCCAUUUGGACGUGUUUAUAACUCGGCCAUAUCGUUUUGGCUUCUAGAAUUAUUGGGAAAAAUAAAUAUUUCCCUUUUUUUUGUGGAUAAGAUUCUAACUUCUAUUAAUGCACUACUGCCUUUUAAUUAAUGAAAUGGGUUCUUUGAUCCAA